AUGGGCCGGCAUGUGAGCCCUGCCACCGUCACCUUGGUUACUUCCCUCACCAGCUCCCUCACGCUUGUAGCUGUCAUUGUCACCACCAGUCCUAUCACGUCCUCUCAUUCCUUACCAUCGUCACCGUUGUCGGUCCUCGCCACCGCCACCAGCCUCCACCGCACCACACACCCACGUCACCCUGCUCUAACUGAUAAUUCCAAGUCACGGGGUGAAGACAUCUUAAGCCAGAGGAAUGAUUCUCUAGUUCUGGAAUUUCAGUCAUCAGCCAGCAGAUGCAGGAGCGUCUAUGAACCAGAUAGGAGUGCAUUACGGAGGAAAGAACGAGAAAGAAGAAGCCAGGAAGCGCAGCAGGACAGUGGCGGCUUUAAUUCCAGUUACUCCCUCUUCAGUGAACCCUACAAGACUAACAAGGGGGAUGAACUCUCCAACCGGAUCCAGAAUACAUUAGGAAAUUAUGACGAAAUGAAAGACUUUUUAACUGACAGAUCCAACCAGAGCCAUCUCGUCGGCGUCCCCAAGCCGGGUGUUCCUCAGACUCCCGUGAACAAGGUAGAUGAACAUUUUGCAGCUGAGUCGAGAGCCCAGCCCCAACCCUCAUCUGUCUGUAGCACUGCGUCUUCCACACCUGCAGCUGUCUCUGUGCAGCAGAGUAAGAGGGGCACCAUGGGCUGGCAGAAGACUGGGCACUCAUCGUCUGACGGCCAACAGAGAGCAGCACAACAGGGCUCUCUCAGGACCUUGCUUGGAGAUGGUGUCAGCAGACAGCAGACAAGGGCCAAGCAAGUAUGCAAUGUGGAGGCGGGCCUUCAGACCCAGGAGAGGACCCCUGCCAUGGCGUCCAAGCACAGCAGCAGUGGACACUGUGUUCAGAACUUUCCUCCAUCCUUGGCUUCCAAACCCAGCCUGGUCCAGCAGAAACCAACAGCGUAUGUGCGGCCCAUGGACGGCCAAGACCAGGCUCCUGAUGAGUCUCCCAAGCUGAAGUCAUCCACAGAAACUGGUGUGCACUGCACAUCCUACAGAGGGGUCCCAGGCAACAAACCCGAGUCAGCCAGAGCCAAAGCCAAGCUUGCUAAGUUCAGCAUCCCCAAGCAAGGAGAGGAGAGUAGAUCUGGAGAAAGCAACAGCUGUGUAGAAGACAUAAUUCGGGAGAUGACCUGGCUUCCUCCACUCUCUGCUAUUCAAGCUCCGGGCAAGGUGGAACCUAGCAAGUUUCCGUUCCCAAAUAAGGACUCUCAACUUGUAUCCUCUGGACACAAUAAUCCAAAGAAAGCUGACGCGGAGCCGGAGAGUCCAGACAAUGGCACAUCGAAUACAUCAAUGCUAGAAGAUGACCUUAAGCUAAGUAGUGAUGACGAAGAGAGUGAACAGCAGGCAGCCCAGAGAACAGCUCUCCGCGCUCUAUCUGACAGCUCCCUGGUCCAGCAGACCAACUGCAGAGGUUCCGUGCCAUCCAGCAAGGGCAGCAGCAGCGGCAGUGGCAGCAGCAGCAGCAGCUCCUCCAGCGACUCAGAGAGCAGCUCCGGAUCCGACUCCGAGACCGAGAGCAGCUCCAGUGAGAGCGAGGGCAGCAAGCCUCCACACUGCUCCAGCCCCGAGGCCGAACCUGCGUCGUCUAACAAGUGGCAGCUGGAUAAAUGGCUAAACAAAGUUAAUCCUCACAAGCCGCCUAUUCUGAUCCAAAAUGAAAGUCACGGCCCUGAAAGGAAUCAAUACUACCCGCCCGUGAAAGAUGAAGGGCAGGACUGCGGGAAACUCCCUGAGAUUUGCCAAGCCAGCCUGAGAGACAAGGACCUCAAGACUGCCUGCAAGGAGGAGCAGCGACCUAGGACCGCAAACAAGGCCCCUGGCAGCAAAAGUGUAAAGCAAAAGUCUCCGCCUGCCGCUGCAGUGGCUGUGACCACAGCUGCCCCGCCACCUGCAGUGCCCAGCGCACCCACGGAGAGCGCACCAGCACCCACCAGGAGGUCAGCGGGCAAGAAGCCCACCCGGCGCACAGAGAGAACCUCAGCUGGGGACAGUGCCAACUGCCACCGGCCAGAGGAGCCCGUGGCCCCAGACACACUGGGGGCGAGCGUGGUGGGACCCCCAGAGCCUCCCAAAACCAGGCCCUGUGGUAACAGCAGGACCAGCCACCGCAAGGAGCUGCGCUCCUCCGUGACCUGUGAGAAAAGGCGCACGCGGGGGCUGAGCAGAAUUGUCCCUAAAUCCAAGGAGUUUAUUGAGACAGAGUCUUCCUCUUCCUCUUCCUCCUCGGACUCGGACCUGGAAUCGGAGCAAGAGGAGUACAUCCUGUCCAAGACUCAGAGCACCACUGGGAACGAGCCUCGGCUAAAGGAGGCCACCAGCAGCACCAGCAGCACCUCCCGGGCCCCUGUGGGCUCCAUCAACGCCAGGACCACCAGUGACAUUGCCAAGGAGCUAGAGGAACAGUUCUACACGCUGGUCCCCUUUGGCCGGAAUGAACUGCUUUCUCCCCUAAAGGACAGUGAUGAGGUCAGGUCUCUCUGGGUCAAAAUUGACCUGACCCUCCUGUCCCGGAUCCCAGAACACCUGUCCCAGGAGCCUGGGAUCUUGAGUGCUCCUGCAGCCAAGGACAGUGAUAGUGCCCCCGCCAGCCAUGCGUUAGACACGCCUGCCGAAAAGACUUUGCCAAAAUCCAAGAGGAAACGCAAGUGUGACAACGAAGAUGACUACAGGGAGAUAAAGAAGGCCCAAGGAGAGAAGGAGAGUGCUUCACGCCUGGCCGCCUCCGCUAAUAACACCUUGUCUGGGAGCCACUGCAACCUGAACAUCAACAGCUUGGCAAUACCAAUAAACAAAAAUGAAAAAAUGCUCCGGUCACCCACUUCGCCACUCUCUGACGCCUGUAAACACAAAUACUCCAGCGAGGACCUGACUUCUUCCAGCCGCCCUCACGGCAAUGGGGUGUUGACUUCUGCCUCUUCCAACAAAAAGCCUAAGGCUGACAGCCAGCUGCAGUCACAUGCCGGAGACCUCACGAAAGCAGCUCACAACAGUUCCGAAAAUGGCAUCCUCCAUACCAAGUCACGGCCACAGACUGAGCCAUGGUCUCCAGGUUCCAAUGGCCACAGGGACUGCAAGAGGCAGAAGCUGAUCUUCGAUGACAUGCCUCGUAGUGCAGAUUAUUUUAUGCAAGAAGCUAAACGGAUGAAGCAUAAAGCAGAUGCGAUGGUGGAGAAGUUUGGGAAGGCCUUGAACUAUGCUGAAGCAGCCUUGUCCUUCAUCGAGUGUGGAAAUGCAAUGGAACAAGGCCCAAUGGAAUCCAAGUCUCCGUACACCAUGUAUUCUGAGACGGUGGAGCUCAUCAGGUAUGCGAUGAGACUAAAAACCCACUCAGGCCCCAACGCUACGCCAGAGGACAAACAGCUAGCCGCGCUUUGCUACCGAUGCCUGGCUCUCCUAUACUGGCGGAUGUUUCGACUCAAAAGGGACCACGCUGUAAAGUAUUCGAAAGCACUGAUCGACUAUUUCAAGAAUUCAUCGAAAGCUGCCCAAGCCCCGUCUCCAUGGGGGUCCAGUGGCAAGAGCACUGGAAGCCCAUCCCCCAUGUCUCCCAACCCUUCUCCCACCAGCUCCGUGGGGUCUCAGGGCAGCCUCUCCAGCUCCAAUGCCCUGUCCCCAUCCACCAUCGUCAGCAUCCCCCAGCGCAUUCACCAGAUGGCAGCCAAUCACGUCAGCAUCACCAACAGCAUCCUUCACAGCUAUGACUACUGGGAGAUGGCUGACAACCUGGCCAAGGAGAACAGAGAGUUCUUCAAUGACCUGGACUUGCUCAUGGGACCUGUCACCUUGCACAGCAGCAUGGAACACCUGGUCCAGUACUCCCAGCAAGGCCUGCACUGGCUGCGGAGCAGCGCACACCUGUCCUAGGGACCACGCCCUUGAGCCAGACUGCAUUUUCCUCUCCUCGGUGGCUCAAUGUUUCUGGACACUGUGCUACUGACAUUCCCAGCCCACAGCAUUUCCCAAACCGCGGUGAACGUUUCCUCAGAGUCCAACAGUGAUCCUUUUCUGGGGCGUGUGUGUUUAGGUGUGGGUUUGUACGAAGCUUUCUGCGUGCGUGUGCGUGUGUGUGUGUGUGUGUAAAGAUCAACAGCUCUUCAAAACACAUUUUGUCUGGUUCCUAUAAUCCCAAGCUAGACAAGUGAUUAGAGGUUCCUCACUGGAGGAAAUCCGCGUAGCACGCGUGUACUCACACGCUCACAGACACCUCCCACCCCCAGUGCUAAGCCAUUGCCUUCUUAGACAGUUCCACCAAAAUCUCAUGUGUUGCUGAACCUGGUGCGAUCCAGCACACCAAAUCAUAAUUGCUGGAUGAGUUGAACCUAGCUUUUCUAUUAUUACUUUCAGUAUUAUAUACAAUUCCCCAAUUACUUUUGGUUGUUGUAUAUUAAUGAGUAAUUGAAUAAUGGAAACAAGUCAGUUAUUUUUGUGCCAGAAGUUCACUAGUUUGCAUGUUACCAAAUGCCUUGCCCCUCUUCCCAUAUCCUGCCCCGGCCCUCAUUAGCUACUGAACUGAACACAUUAUAAGCCAGCGGAGUCCCACAAACUUCCCUUGCCUUGUCCCCACGUCAUAUGAAAAUGGCACCAGGAUUCAGGGAUAGCUCAACAACCACAAAAGCAACAGUGACCAUUUUGGUUCUUAAUGAAGUCCGCCCCUGUGGCAAGAAGCCCUCCAGGCACAGGCGCCUCCUCUUGCUGCCACUGUGACUCUGAGGCUGCUGUCAUCAGCCAGCCCAUCUCAAGUCUUUCCUCUCUACAGUAGCUUUCUCACAGCCGUCUCGGCCAAACGAAGAUGCUGUCUGGAAGGUGCCAGCCCUAGAUCUGACCGCUGCCUACAGGACUGGGAGCGGUUUGCCGCGGUGACUCCGUCCGCACACAGUGGGUGGCUCCAGGCCUUAGUGCAUUUCAGUUUGGAGAAUACUUUCAGGCUUUCGUUACCAAGCUGCUUACGGCGCAGGGAAAGUUAUCCCUUUGAUGAUCCCAACUCUGGAGCAGCAAUGACCAGAGUGUCUUGCAUAUAUCUUGAGCAUCUGGUCUAUGUGUGUCUUGACCAUGGUUCUUUUCUGGGUUGAUUUUUUUUUUUGUCGGAUUUUUUUUGAGUUUAUGUAUUUAGUUUUUCAGCAUCUUGUUUACAGUUUCUGUCUGAAGUUUGUUUUCCCAUGUUUUGUCAUACCUUAGACUUAGUCUUGUUAAAUAUACGUGGACCUGAAAUAUUAGUAUAAAGAAACAAGUCCUGCCAACAAGGUGUAUCUUGCCACACUAUAAAGACAAACUAAUGUCCUUGGGUUUACUGGGCCCCACUCUACCACAUCAACCAGAGGAAGAUAGGUAAGGCCACCUCUGCAGUCCACUGUUGAAGGUGGCAGGGUCCCACAAUGUGUGUCCUGUGUUUCCACUGUCUCCCUGUGAGUUUAGUUAUGUUCACAUUACCAUUCUGUCAGCCUUCUCAGUAGGUGGUUGAUAAGACUGCCCUCAUUCCCCAGCUCCCAAGGCAGAGUCGACAUUGUACAAACAGCUGACCAUGGUUUGGAUUCCCACCAAACUGAAUUAUGGGAUUUGCAUUUGACUUUGGCCCUCAAACACGUGAAAUUUUUAGCUGUACAUGGACUUUGGAUGUUUUGGGCCAGAAUUUUUUUUUAAGAUGGACUAUUUGUGAAUACAUAAUUAGGUAUCUUGGGGGAGAGGACUCAAGUCUAAACAUGAAAUUCAUUUACCUUGUAUCCUUGAAGGCAGCGUCUGCGGCAUCGGUUGUAAGCUAUGCCCACGAGGCAGGUAUGGGAUUCACCACUAACGUCAUAACUGCUCAAGGAGUUAUCGAUUUCCGAGCAGUUUGGGUUUCAGAUUCUUGAAAUGGGAACGCCCCACCUCCAUUCCUACGUUUAUAUUUAUCUCUGCAGCGCGAUCCAUGUACCCCUUUCACUCAGUGUUGGCAGGUUUGUGAUCUAUCCUAUGUGUAAAUCCGAAUAUAAGAACUUUGAAUCAC